AUGAUGUGGUUCCUGCUCCUGCUUCUCCAACUUGCUCACAUUGAGCUGGUGAUCUCACAAGCUGAGGACAAACUGAUUCUAAAAAAUGGAAACAAAGGAGGCUACCCAUGUGAAGGCUACCUUGAAGUCUACCAUAACAACAUAUGGGGCUAUGUUGGUGAUACACACUGGGACAAGAACACUGAAAAAGUGGUUUGUAAGAGCACUCACUGUGGGGAACCUGUGGAGGGCUCAGUAACAGAUAUUCUUAAGCCUUCAGAAGACAGACCGAUCUGGCUCAAUGAACUGAAGUGUGAAGGAGACGAGAGCGCUCUGUGGGAAUGUAAACAUCCUGGUUGGAAAUCCAACUAUUACUCAAAGCUCACAGUGAAAAAAAUUAUAUGUUCAAGUAAUAUCACAUUAAGCCUGGAUGGACCCAAAUGUGCUGGAGCGGUCCAGUACUCCAUUGAUGGCAAAUCGGGUUACUUUUGUAAAGACAGAUUGGAAAAAAAAGAAGCCAAUCUUCUGUGUAAAAAUCUCGGGUGUGGUGAAUUCAAAGAAAUUCUUCCCCUAAAAUGGAUCGAUAGUGAAAGAUACAGAAGCUCAUCAAAGAUGAAGCUCGAUUGUUCAGCCUUUAAAAAUGCAGACCCAGAUAAUCUGUGGCAGUGUGUGAAUGGCAAACAGGACAAUUCAGCAUCAUGCAAACCUGUUUCUAUCAUAUGUGAAGGUUUUAUGAGACUGCAGCUCAAAGGAAACCAGUCAAAUGUGUGUUCUGGCCAGCUGGAAAAAGAAGAAAAUAACAACUGGGUACCUGUUCAACAGGACAACUUUACUUUUGAUGUGUGCCAGCAAAUGCACUGUGGUAACUCUCUCAGCCCAAACAACAGCACAAACAAAAACCUUGAUGUGACAUGCACAGAUGAAGUUAAAGUAGUUCUGCACUCUGGUAAAGACAGCAAGUGCUAUGGUACAGUUAAUAUUGAAGUGAAUGGUUCAGUUAAUCCUGUGUGUGCCUCCACCUGGACUAAAAAGGAAGCUGAAUUAGUCUGCAAGGAGCUUGGAUGCGGGAAACUGAUUUAUACUAAAGUCGAACGUCGAAAUUCAAGAGGGAUAAUGGACCAUGUGAGCUGCAAAGGCAGCGAGUCCUCACUGUGGCACUGUCCUGCUAAGCAUGACAAGAACAUCCAGUGUUCAAACCAACCUUAUGUGGUGUGUUCAGGCAGUGUGGAGGUGAAACUGGCAGAUGGUCCUGGAAGAUGUGCUGGAAGAUUGGAGAUAAAGCAUGAGGGCCAGUGGAGGAAAGUUCCUGCAAACAGAUGGACAGAGGAUCAGUCAGCAGCUGUCUGCAAACAACUGCAAUGUGGGGAAAAAGGCAAAACUGAAAAAUUCAGUCAGGGUUCUGGUAGCUUCCUGUCAAUAACGUGUCCAACAAAUAAGAAGAUAUCAAACAUAUCUGAGUGCUUAACAGAAAACUCAGACAACCAAUUUUCAAAUCGAGAAGUGGAAGCAGUUGGAAUCACCUGUGAGGGUCACAAGAUGGUGUUUUUGAGUGGAACCUGUUCUGGUCAUGUGGGGAUAGAGCAUGGCAGAGAAAUCUACUGGCUCUCUGGGUCUAAAGAGACAUGGAACCAAGAGUCUGCAGACACAGUGUGUCAGCAGAUGCAUUGUGGGAACGCUGCCAGCUUUUCUUUCAAUUCUACGGCUGAUAUGAUUAAUAAAGUUUGGAAAGACUCUUUUAGCUGCUCAUCCAGAGAAAAGUCUCUUUCUGAGUGUAGCCAAACUACACCUCUGCCUCCUGACCACCAAACUUCUACUGCCUAUGUGAAAUGUUCAGGAAAUAUUGAGAUGAGGUUGACGAACAGCUGCUGGGGAAAAGUCAGAAUUCGUGUAGAAGGCAAGGAAGGAGAUAUGUGUGCAGACACCUGGACAGAAGACAAGUCUGUGAAGCUGUGUGAAAAGCUGAACUGUGGGACGCCCAUAAAAGCCCACAACAGUCCCAAAGAUGGUGAUAUCCUCUUCAAGAGUUUACACCCGACAAGUCAGACUACUGACCUGACACAGAGCAUCUUUGUCAAAAACCAGGACAAUGAUAACUCCUGUAAACAAAAACCAGCCUAUGUUGUUUGCUCAGGUAGUGUCAAGCCCAGAUUUAGCAUUCCCAGUUACAAAUGUUUUGGAAACGUAGAGGUGGAGUAUGAGGGGAAGUGGAUCCCUGUGUGCGAGGAUGCUCUCAAAGACACUAACAAUCGAAACACCAUCUGUCAGGAGCUUAAAUGUGGUGAUGCUGUCGAGACUCUUCCCUACUUUGGACCUGCACCAACAGAUAAAUUAGCCAUUUUAAACCUAAACUGCAUUGCAAAUGCUAACAGUCCAUUAUCUGCAUGCAGCAGUAUUACUGCUUCUACAGCUGCCUGCAAACAUGGUGGCCUCCGAUGCUCUGAAUGGAGGACGAUGGUACCUGACAAAAAGGCCUGUAGUGGAACAGUGUUGGUUCACUGGAGACAGGGACCCAGUGCUGUUUCCACGGAAAGCUUCAAUGAAACUGAGAAGGAAAAGCUUUGCCAGGAUAUGGACUGUGGUGGACACCAAUCAACAAAUGAAAACCACCCCCAAACAAUUGAAAUAGAUUCUUUUUGGAACAAAAGCUUCAGCUGUGGUAAAAAUCCAGGAAGCAUUUGGGAGUGUGAAAAUAAAACCAGUCCCUCAAGGAAGGAGCCAGUCUUUAUUGAAUGCCAAAAGGAGCCCAAUGUCAGCCUUUCACAGAACUGUAGUGGGGAAGUGAGGAUAGAUGGCGUUCCAGUGUGUGCUAGUAACUGGGAUCUAUCCUAUGCACACAAAGUUUGCCAAGAAAAGCUUUGUGGCAAUGCUGUCUUCAUUAAACCCAAAGCUCCAUCAAAGGGUUCAGGUAACAUUUACCAUGUCAGCUGUGAAAAGUACCAUUCCAUCAUUGGCCAGUGCAGGAGGACUAAAGGAAAGUGUGACACAAAUGUGGUGUUCAUUACUUGUAGUGACUAUGAAAAACAUCCCUCUAUAUCCAUAGCACCUAUUAUCAUGGGUGUGAGACUUCUUGUUGUGGUGAUCUUGACUUUUGUAUUUGUACGAUUCUGUGUCAAGAGAGCGAGGAGGUCCAGAGCUUCAUCAAGAAUGCUGCCAGGGAAAGAACUGGAGUUUCAAGGUGGGGAACAUGAAGAUGUCACUGACAAAGAAAAUGAGAUGGAAGACUUCAGUUGUGGUGGUGUCAGAUCAGAGGCUGAAUUAAUCUCAGAGAAGGAUGAUAUUCAAGCAGAUGAGGCUCGACCCCUGACCUUUCCAGGCACUACUGCCAUCAACAUCAACACACAUAAAGAUGGGGUGACCUAUCAAGUGGAAAAUCCAGUGGAGAGUUUUGACGACAUCGAUACAAUCCCUGGAACCACACUGACUACAGCAGAGGUCCAUGUCAGCCACACAUGACUUAAACACAGCAGCCCCAGGAUUGGUGCGAAGGAAUGAGGACUAAAUGAAAAACAAUAUUAAAAUCUUUAAAUGCAAUAUACAUUUAAUGAAAUGGCUGAAGGAAAACUAUAUUUGAUGCAAGAACUUGCUGUAAAAACAAAAACAAUCUCUCUUUUGAUACUGUAUAGCAAAAACUGUUUAAUGCAAAAUGUAUAAGAGUGAUAAGGUAUUACUCUGAGUAAAAUAUGAUCUUUAAAGCAUAAAUAUUCAAUAUCUUGUGGUUGUCGUCUUGAUAUUUUCAAUGUGUCAGUAGAUGGUCGUUGAGACACCAGGGUCUCAGUUGUAGUAGUGCUAAGCUGGUCUGUUUAGUCUUCAUCUUAA